CAAAGAGGCUUACCAAACACAGACCUAUAUGUGCAGGAAAAGCAGAAGAAAAAGAUUAUUAACGGUAAUGGCAGGUGCAGCAGGAAAGGGAGAGCAGUGGUAGUGUCUCGUAGUGAUGAGGUUACAGAGGGCUUUAAUCCCACCAAACACUGCAACCCUUCACUCCCCCCUGCCAUCUUCGCCUCUCUUCCCUCUUACACGUACCCAUCCAUCGCUCUCCUCUCUCUUUCUAUCGCAAAAGGUCACACCUUUUUCAUACAUCACUCCGUAUCACUCUCUAGCUCUAGAAAUGAGCCAAAUUCCCCACAUGGGUUCUUGAAUCUUGACAUCAUUAUUCCAAUAGCAUCUUUCACAUCUCUCUCCAAUUGUUGGUCUCCUUCUGUGUAUCUCUCCAGUUCAGGGCUAUAUCUAGCACAGAUAGAUAGAGGGAUAAUCAUCAGAUCAUUAGCUGUUUGUGUAUAGGGAUGUUUCAAGAAUAAUGGGUCAGUCUCAGUAUGCAGAAAAAUAAUCUCAUUUUUCUGGGUUUUUAAAUUUGUGAUGGAAUUCGGGAUGUUGGAUGGCCAAUUUUAGAUUUCAGUGGUUCAAGAAGAAGAGAGUGGGAAACGAUUCUGAGCAAAAGUUGCAGUCUUUGUUAAAAACUGGAACGAGAAGAGAGUCUGAGUCUGGAUCCUUAUCAGCAGCAGCAGCGCCACCUCCAUUUUUGGAACCAGCAAAUUCAAGAACAAGAGGAGGAGGAGGAAGAAGACCCCCCGCCGCCGCCGCCUCCGGCAUUCCACCAGAAAGUAAGGAGUCCCCCAGUGUCGAAGAAACGGUCGUAUUUUCCCUGUACGGUGGAACAUGCAAGAUUGGUGGGAAGAAUGGGGGAGAAUCGUCAGCAGAGUUCGUCAAGGUUGGGAAUAAGGAGCGUCGGCGGCGAGAUUGUGGAAGUCCAAGGCGGCCACAUUGUGAGGUCCACCGGCCGGAAAGACCGCCACAGCAAGGUCUGCACGGCAAAAGGCCCCAGGGACCGCCGAGUCCGGCUAGCCGCCCACACAGCGAUUCAGUUCUACGACGUGCAGGAUCGGCUUGGGUACGACCGGCCCAGCAAGGCCGUGGACUGGCUCAUCAAGAAGGCCAAACCCGCCAUUGAUGAGCUCGCUGAACUUCCCGCCUGGAAACCCAAUUUCCACCACAACCACCGGAGUUUCGAGUCCGGAGAUGCCGCCAAUUUGUUGGACGACGAAGAUGCAAACAUCGGUGCUGGGCCGUCUAGUAAUAAGAGAACUGCCAUGAUGAUGAUGAUGAUGCCGCCGGCGACGGAGAAAGAUAACCACUUUUUGCCGCCUUCUUUAGAUUCUGAUGCCAUUGCUGAUACAAUCAAGUCCUUCUUCCCCAUGGUGGCAGCUUCCGAGCCCCACAACUCCUCUGCCUCUAUGCAGUUCCAGAGUUUCCCACAUCCGCCGCAACCGGCGCCACAUCAGUCAUCGGAUUUGAGGCUCUCUUUACAGUCAAUUCAACAAGACCCGACCACUAUCCUGCUCCACCACCAAAACCAUCAAUCACAGCACCACCACCAGACCCCGCCGCCGGCUAGAGCACUUUUCGCCGGAUUCGAUUCUUCAGACGGCUGGUCCGACCAGCAGCAGCAGCAAAGGUUUCCGGUUUGGAACUCCGCCGGAGAAGCAGCACCCUGCCCCACAGGAGGAGGGUUCUUGUUCAAUUCGCCACCGCCUCAGUUUCAGCAGCUGCUGCUCGGGGGGCAGAGUCACUAUUUCUCUUCUACUUCUUCUUCUCAGAGGGGACCCCUUCAGUCCAGUUACUCACCUUCGGUUCGUGCUUGGAUGGACCCGUCAUCUGCCGGCUUUGACCCGAACCAGCACUACCACCACCAAUCACCAUUGAUGCCCAUCUAUCACCACCCAUCAUCGUCACUCUCCGGUUUAGGAUUCUCUGCAGGAGAUGGAGAGUUCUCUGGGUUUCGCAUUCCAGCACGAAUCCAAGGUGAAGAAGAGGAGGAGGAGCAUGAUGGCAUUUCCGACCGCCCAUCCUCUGCUUCCUCCGACUCCCGCCGUUGAUGUAGCUCUCUUACCUUCUUCUUCUCUUUCCAUCUAUCCAAGUUGCAGGGCAGUGAGUGCUUCUUGAAGUUAAUAUUGUUAAGGUGAUAAGAUUAGUUUCUGCGAGAAAUCGUUGGGGCAUUGAUGGAAGAUGAAUUUCUGCUUAGAGCUACAUCAAUGGCGGUACCUACCGGUGGUAGAUUAAUUCUGAGCAUAGUUUCAGGUUUUUCUAUCCCGGGUUUAUUUUAUUUCUUGAGUUAUAAUAAAAAAAUAUCAACUUUUAUGUUUCAUCAAUUCAUGUAUUAGUCGAAUGAGCUUGUAUCCCGAGUUCAAGUUUAUGUUGUUGUGUGUAUGUUGCCUUUCGGAUCGGACUUGUCAGGCAAAACUCAGUCCUCAGUGAAUUUUAGUGUCUUCUAAUUAAGCUAUGGUUAGUGCAUUUUGUUAAUACUUUCCAUAUUUUGAUUUAUCUAAAAAAUAUGGCAACCUGAGUGUGAUAGAAGCCCUUCA